AUGUCCUUCGUCUCUGGAAUCUGGAUUGCUUCACUUGCAACCACUGUCAUCAGCCACUCUCCAUCCGCAGCCGCGCAGGGUAGAGCUUUCAGACGCUCUAACCUUGUCCUCACCGCCACCCUUCCCAACAACGAUAUCCCCUCCGUCGCUUCCUCCCCGUCCGCCGCCACCGCCUGGGUCGACCACCACAUCGCCCCCUUUGUCAUUUCCCGGAGCGGCACCAUCAGAUUCCGCUACAUCGCCUUCGGCAACGAGCCCAUCCCUGGCCCCUAUGCCUCCUUGGUUGCCCCGGCCAUGAGAAACCUCCAUCAAGCCCUUAUCUCUUUGAAGGUACCCGAUGACGUGAAGGUCACAACCUCUGCAUCCCCUAAAUUUUUGGGGAAGUCCUUCCCUCCGUCGGUUGGUCAGUUUGAGGACAGUGUUUCAGACUUCAUGAGCGAUGUCACCAACUUCUUGCAUUCCAUUGGAGCACCACUCCAAGUAAAUGUGUACCCUUAUUUUGCGCUCGUGAAUGAUCCACGGCCCAUAGAUAUGGAGCAUGCUUUGUUUCAGGCGAAUACCCCGAUGGUAAUUGAUGGGACGUUGAAGUACUUUAACUUAUUUGAUGCGAUGGUGGAUGCUUUUGUGGCGGCGACGGCCAAGGUGGUGGGACAGCCGGGGGUGAGGAUGGUGGUGUCAGAGACGGGAUGGCCGGUGAAAGGGAAUGAGCCCUACACUUGUGUGGAUAAUGCCCGGAACUAUAACAGGAACUUGAAGGAUCAUGUUGAGAAAAUUGGGGGCACCCCGAGAAUGAGAGACUACUUGGAGGUUGAUAUAUAUUCCAUGUUUAAUGAGGACUUGGAGCCUGAUUUGGUGGGAAGAAGUUUUGGGACUUUCAACAAGGACAUUACUGAAAUUUAUCCCAUUUGGCACUGA